GCGGGGCGAGUGGCGAGGGGCGGGGCCAGCUUCAUCAGCCUACGUCACUCGCUGCGUGCCACACAAACUGAGUCCGUGUCGGGUUGAGCUCUGUGCGUCUUCUCCCAACAUCGUGUGGAUCCGACGGAAAGAUUCAAGUGCUUUAAACAAUUACAGGACAAACACGCCAUGGAUACCUUGUUGGGAGAUCGUCGCUUCAACGCGCGCACCCUGUUCGACUUCAGCUGCCUGGAGCCUGACACACGCCAACAUCUCAAGAAUGUCUACGCCACCCUGGCCAUCUGCAUGCUGGUGGCGUCCGCAGGGGCCUAUGUCCACCUCUACACGGCCAUCCUGCAGGGGAACUUCUUGAUGACCCUGGUGAGCAUGGGCCUGCUCAUGUGGCUGAUGUUUACGCCUCGCAAUGGGCAGAACGACGCCAAGCGACUGGGCAUCCUGUGCGGCUUUGCCUUCACCGUUGGACUCGGACUUGGCCCUCUGCUCGACUUCGUCAUCGCAAUCAACCCGAGCAUCAUUGCCACCGCCUUCAUGGGCACCAGCCUCAUCUUCGGCUGCUUCACCCUCAGCGCCCUCUACGCCCGACGCCGCUCCUACCUCUACCUGGGCGGAACUCUGAUGUCCGGACUCUCCUUCCUGCUGAUGAUGUCUCUCUUUAACAUGUUCUACGGCUCCGCCCUCCUCUUCAAGGCCCAGAUGUACCUGGGGCUGCUGGUCAUGUGCGGCUUCGUGCUCUUCGACACGCAGCUCAUCGUGGAGAAGUGCCGCGCCGGCGACAAGGACUUCAUCUGGCACAGCGUGGACCUCUUCCUGGACUUCAUCCACAUCUUCCGCAAGCUCAUGAUCAUCCUCACCAUGAACGAGAAGGUGAGGAGGGCAGACUGCGGCCUGCACGCCCUCGUAGGCACGAUGGACGCGAGAUUUCAAACGUUAAUUCUCGUCGUCGUCGCAACGGUCCACGGUGAAGCGGGCACGGCAGCGAGGAUGACGAUUGCGCCGAAACUCUGA